AUGAAUCCAACGGGGGAUGUGAUGUACGACACGCUGACUUCGCAGCCUCAGCCUCAGCCUCAGCCUCAGCCGCAGCCGCAGAGAAGUAUGCCACAGCCGCAGAGAAGUAUGCCACAGCCGCACUAUGCUUCCUGGGAGUCGAAUGAUCGCUACUUUCGUCAGGAGAAGGUGGGUGAGGGGUCUUACGGGGUUGUGUACAAGUGCCUUGACAGACAGACCGGUCGCACCGUCGCCGUGAAGCGGAUCUCGCUGAAGCUGAAGGAUGAGGGGGUACCGGCAACCGCGGUCCGGGAGGUGUCACUGCUGCGCGAGCUGGAUCACCCAUACGUGGUGCGACUCCUCGAUGUUUCCCUUCAGGACUCAAAGCUGCUCCUCAUCUUUGAGUACAUGGAGAAGGACCUGCAGGGACUUAUCAAGCAGCGCGCCACACCACUUGUGGGAGGGAAGCUGCAGCGUAUUAUGUUUCAGUUAUUAUUAGGAUUACACGCCUGCCACAGCCGUCGCUUUGUGCACCGUGACAUCAAACCGAGCAACAUUCUCAUCAGUCGCGACGAGUCCGUGGUGAAGCUGGCGGACUUUGGCCUGGGCCGCGCCUUCCGCGUUCCGCUGCAAACAUACACAACAGAGGUGAUGACGCUCUGGUACCGGGCGCCAGAGGUCCUUCUUGGGGACAAUCACUACCUCCCCGCCGUUGACAUGUGGUCCAUGGGAUGCGUCAUGGCGGAACUCGCCAAGGGAACACCGCUGUUCGCCUCUGAAACCGCCAUCAGCCAACUGUUUACCAUCUUCGAGAUGCUCGGAACCCCGUCAGAAACGACGUGGCGCGGCGUGUCGUCGCUGUCGCACUACAACGUCUCCUUCCCGCAGUGGCGGCCCAUCCCGCUAAGCAGCGUUAUUCCAACGCUGGACGCAGACGGAAUCGAUCUGCUGCAGCGCAUGCUGCUCUACAACCCACGCCAGCGCAUCACUGCCUACGAGGCGCUUCGUCACAGCUGGUUUGAUGACGUGCGGCGUGAAAUGGGUGAGGAGGGCAUGUUGUAG